AUUUCGUUUUCCCUCAUGCCAUCUAAACCGACUUCAACUCGUUUGCAUAGGGACAAGCAUAACCAACAAAAAGGCUUGGUCAUCAACUUUGAUGUCAAAUCUCGGGCAACUUAUUUGAGAGGAUUCCAAAAACGGAAACAACAACGCCGUGAUAAAGCUGAGGAAAAAAUAAAAAAAAGAGCUGCGGAGGAACGGGUGGCCGAACGGAAGGAAAUGCGCGAUGAG